CUGGCUGCCACAGGUGUUGGUGUCAUUGUUUGCACUCAUCAUAACCUUACAUAUCCAUCCUCAGUUAGAGAUCUUCAAAAAGGAGAAAGGUAUGUGUCUCUAACAUCUUUGACAAUAUCUAAUCACAGGAGACUUAGAUAUGUGAAUAUAAAUUACCUGUUCUUCUCAACAUUGCAACAUUCUGAUGAGGUGCUUGUUCUCAACAUCUCAUCUACUCUGGAUGUUCCUAGAGGUGUGUAG